AUGGUUUCUAUUUUCUCGAUCUUUACCCAAUGGGGUCCCGGCAAGACCAAAUAUGAAGAGAAAAUUCCAUCUCACCCCCGGGAUGAUCAGGGCAACACCGCUCUCCACCGAGCGGCGAUGAAAGGGCUCAGAGCCGCAGCAAUCCUCGAGAUAGAAAGCGGCGCCGACAUCAACGCGACAAACAACGACGGCGACACCCCUCUGCACCUCGCAGCGCGAGGAAGGUACGGGAAGAUCGCAUCCCUCCUGGUGAGGAUCGGGGCCCGCACCGACGUCAGCAACAACGACGGGGACACCCCCCUCCACCUGGUGGCUGCGACGGGGCACGUCGGCAUCGCCGUGCUCCUGGCGGACAAGGCGGGGGUUGAGAGGACGAACAAACGGGGCGACACUCCUCUGCACGUCGCCGCGCGGACGGUGCAGGACCGCAUGUACACGUUCCUGCUGAGCCGCGGCGGCAAGUGGGAUGUGAAGAAUGGAGAUGGGGAGACUCCUCGGAGACUCUACGGUUUCUGA